AUGGGGAGGAGAAGAAAGGGGCUGAGGCGGAGGUUGAUGGGGCGGUGGUGUUACUAUGGAGGUGGUGUGAUCGGAACAAUCUUAGCUUUGACUGGAGGUAGUGGUUGCGGCUCCUUCGGUUUCGUAAGAGGAGCCUUGAGUGGUGGAGGAAGUGGUUCGAGAGGAGCAGGCUUUGAUGCAGGAAUUGGGCCGGAUGGACGACUUGGAGCUGACGGUGGAGGAGGAGGUGGAGGUGGUUGUGUUGGAGCUUUCGGUGGUGCAGGCGGUGUUGGUAAAGUUUUGACUGGCGGUGGUGGUGUUGUAAUCUUGGCAGGUGCAGGCGGUGUUGGUGAACUUUUGACUGGUGGAGGUGACGGUUUCGGAAUUUUCGCCUGUGGAGGAGGCGAUUUAGGCGGAACAGGCUUCGAUACAGGUGGCGGGCCAGGUGGACGACCUGGCGGAGGUGGUGCCGCUAGAAAAGGUGAAGGUGGACGAGGUGGUGCUGCUGCUUCCUUAGGCUUCGAAGGAGGUGACGGUUUUGGAACUGUAGCUGGUGCCGGUGACGGAAUUUUUAUUGGUGGAGGUGGUCGUGGUGGAGUUUUGACAGGUGGAGGCGGUGUUGGUGAAGUUAUGAAUGGUGAGGUUCUGGCUUGUGGAGCAGGUGGUUUAGGUGGAGCUGGUUUUGGAACAGGAGGCGGGCCAGGUGAAUGA